GUUGUAGAAGUCGUAACUUUAUCAUCAUUAAAAUCUUGUGAAAGCAAUAACGGAUUUCUAUCAUUACUCACACAUGAGCAAUAUAAUGCUCCUCUCUUAUCAGGUAUAUCACAAUCUCCACAUAGUCCAUUAUCAGAAAUAGCUUCGUUUAAUUUAAAUGAUGAAAAAUCUGACUCUUCAUGA